CCCCCCCCCCCCGCCGCCUUUCCGCCGGCUGUCCACUCCAAGUUCUCCGACCAGCCCGUUCCUCUCAUCCGCCGCCCAUCGGAAGCAGGAAGUAGCCGUCCCCGAUCGAGAAUCGAGCGACAGGCGAAAGGUUCCUCGGACCACCGACCGGCCACCCUGCCGCCCACGAGCUCCACUAGCCUUCCAACGACCCGCGCAGCAGAGCAGCCGGACCUCCCGCCGCCGCCGCCGCCGCCGCCGCCGCCGCCGACAUGGGCGGGGGCCGCGCGCAGGUGAACAAGGCCCAUAAGAGCCGCUUCGCGUCCAGGGCCUCCCGCCACGCGCACAAGAUCGACAAGGUCAGGAGCGGCAAGUCAGAGACCAGCCACCGCGCCGCCGUCAAGGGCGCUCGCGCCGCGCGCAUCCAGCAGAGCAAGGCGAUACGUGAUAAGAAACGGGCUGCUUUGCUGAAAGAGAAACGUUCGUCAAAUGGACCUUCAAGCGCACCACGUGUCAUUGUUCUUGUUGGCCUUUCUUCAUUAGCAAAUGUCGGAUCACUUGCCAAAGAUCUUUUGGCAUUUGCGGAAGGUGGUGAUGGGAAACUGAAAUCAUCUACUGUUGCUUCUCCUACUUAUAAACUUCGAACCACGGUACUGCAAGCACCUUAUGGUGAUCUUACCACAUGCAUGGAACUGGCUAAGGUUGCUGAUUUGUUAGCGUUCGUUCUACCAGCCAAUUCAUUCUACAGUAGUGAUUCGAGCAGUCCAAUUGACGAUUUUGGAUCUCAAUGCCUGUCUGUAUUUCGGGCCGUGGGCUUACCUAGUACAGCCGUUUUCAUCCGUGAUCUUCCAGCGGAUAAUAAAAGUAGGCAGGAAUUGAAGAAAGCAGCAACUUCUUUCCUUUCUGCAGAGCUGCCUGAAGACUGCAAGUUUUACUUAGCAGACACAAAGGAUGAUUUGCAUAAGUUCAUGUGGCAUUUCAAGGAGCAGCAUCUUUCGUCACCACAUUGGAGAAGCCAGAGACCUUAUGUUAUGUCUGAGCAGGUCUCCAUAAAUCCUGAUGAAAAUACGGGAUUGUGCACAUUGCUCGUGUCUGGAUAUCUGCGGGUCCACAAUCUUUCAGUGAAUCAGCUUGUACACGUUUCAGGUGCUGGUGAUUUUCAGUUGGGACAAAUUGAUGUCCUCAAGGAUCCAUGUCCUCUUAGUGAGCGGAAAAGCUCUGAUGUAAUGGAAACAGAAGAUAAUGGAAUUCAGAUCGUUAACACCUUUGUUCCAGAUCCUUCAAGUCAGGAACCCUUACUUGUUGAAAAUGUGCCAGAUCCUCUUGCCGGGGAGCAGACUUGGCCAACGGAAGAAGAUAUGGAGGAGGCUAACAUAAACAACAAACAGAGAAAAUUGGUAAAGAGGAAGCUUCCCCAAGGCACUUCGGAGUACCAGGCUGCUUGGAUUGUUGAUGACACAGAUGAUGAAGAUAAUGACUCUGAUAAUGACAACCAGGCUGGUUCUGGAAUGGUCAUUGAUGAGCAAGGUCACUCAGACCAAGGAAGUGAUGGUUCAGAUAUAGAUGCUGUGUCUCACUUUACAGAGAAGUUCGAUGGAGAAACUAUUGGGGAUUCUGAGAUGGCAGAUGAAGAAAACUUGACUAAAGACCAAAUAGAGGCAGAGAUUAAGAAAAUCAAAGAAGCUAAUGCUGAUGAUGAAGAAUUUCCUGAUGAGGUGGAGACACCAUUAGAUGUCCCAGCAAAGAAACGGUUUGCCAAAUACAGAGGACUAAAGUCAUUUAGGACGUCAUCCUGGGAUCCUAAGGAAUCAUUGCCAUCUGACUAUGCAAGAAUAUUUGCAUUUGAUAACUUUACACGAACUCAAAAGCAUGUCCUUGCUAAAAUGGCCGAGUUAGAUGGAGGUGCGAAGGAUUGUGCUCAAAUGGGAUCAUAUGUUAGGCUUUAUGUGAAAAAUGUUCCUACAGAUAUUGCUUCCAAACUUUGCCAUCCAUCAAGAAGAGUACCUGUGGUUGUUUCUGGUCUUUUUCAACACGAGUCAAAAAUGUCAGUUCUUCACUUCAGCAUAAAGAAACAUGACUCAUAUGAAGCUCCUAUCAAGUCAAAGGAGCCUUUGAUUUUCAAUGUUGGAUUCCGGCAAUUUACAGCAAGGCCAUUGUUUUCAUCCGACAACAUCAACUGCAAUAAACAUAAAAUGGAGAGAUUUCUACACCAUGGACGGUUUUCUGUUGCCUCUGUAUAUGCUCCAAUUUCCUUUCCUCCACUUCCUCUAAUAGUUUUAAAGAACAGAGAUGGCGAGCAGCCUGCCAUUGCUGCUAUAGGUUCACUAAAAAGUGUGGAUCCAGAUCGGAUCAUUCUGAAGAAAAUUGUUUUGACUGGGUAUCCACAGAGAGUCUCAAAACUGAAAGCAAUCAUGCGGUACAUGUUCCACAAUCCUGAUGAUGUAAAAUGGUUCAAGCCUGUUGAGUUGUGGACAAAACAUGGACGUCGGGGCCGCAUCAAGGAGACUGUCGGUACUCAUGGUGUGUCGGUUGACCAAUCAAUCUUUUUUGACAGCUUAGAUUCAGUUACUAUUAUUAGUAUAUCCCUAUUUCUGUCCCUUUUGCUAACGUUUUCUUUCCCUGAGCAGGUGCCAUGAAAUGCAUAUUCAAUAGUAGCAUUCAGCAGCAUGAUACUGUGUGCAUGAGCUUGUACAAACGUGCUUACCCUAAGUGGCCUGAACAGCUCUACCAUGCAUAAGAUUUGCCUUGACGUUUACUUGUGUCUGUACCAGCAGGCAGCAGCAGGCUAUCCAGACGAGUGUGAACUUGCCAACACGGGAAUGUAACCUUCUUGGAGCUGGUGUGCCUGUGCAGCCCAACUAUUUUUAGUGUUAGGAAAUUGUUUUUGUAUUGGUCUUGGCUAGAAAGCCGAAUUUUGAUAGUGUGAGUAUAACCUCCGAAUUAUCAUGUUUUGAUUGUUCUGUGGAGUUCAACGAUGACAUUUUAUACGUCUACUAUGCAAUAGUAAAAUAGUUUAAUUUUGGCCCUCGGAA